AUGGUUGAAGUUUUAAGCGACAUGAACGAGGACCUGCGCUUUGUGGCGGAUUCUUUAGCGACCGCAUCUCUAUAUAAAAAGACAGUACCAGCCUCCGUUUCGCUCAUCCGGCCCACAUUUCUCGUUCCCCUGAUCAUCGACUUGCUUGCUUUCUUGUCUCAGCUCAUUCCUAGGGAUGUAGCCACUGUCACGAUGGCAUCCUUGGGUAUGGCUAUGAAUCACAACAAUCAGUUCCUCGAUCUCAUUGAAGACAUGCAGAGAGAAUUCACGAGCUGGAUGGCAGCCCGUGAUAGGCACCGUCUGUGGUGUGCUUCAAGAGCACUCCAGAGCGAUCCGAUCACGCGAGCUGCCUUCACAGACGUCAUUCUGACGACUUCGAGACAGGUCUUGCCAUUCUCCCGUGACUUGUUCAUGAAUGGCCCUCGCAAGUUCUACUCUCUCACGAAACUGGAACUCAUAGGCCGUGCCAGCCGGGCGCUGGAAAAGUCUACUCUCCAGUACCUCGGGCAAGCGUUAGGUCAAGCCCCCAAACUACGGGAGCUGAAACUCACGAAUAGCGAAGGGCUCUUUGAAGCAGAGGAAUCACUUGGUCCAGCAAUCGCGGAACUGCAUACUCUCAAAAAGUUGGAGUUGCGAGAUGGCGGAAGACGCACAAUAAAGAUCCUUCAUGAUCUUAAAAGCGGCCUCCGACAUCUCGUUCAUGACACGUGCAGGUCAGUCUAUGAAGAUGAUGCGCACUACGACUAUAGCCCAAUCCUCCUGAGCAACGCUGUUCGAGAGCUCGAAAGUCUCAAACUGUCGGCUUUUGAUUAUGAUGCUCUGCCGCUAGAGCUGCGCAAGGGCCAUUGGCCACGCAUUCCAUCUCUCUGGUCGCUAGAACUGGAGGGCUCCUCGACACCAAUGUUUCCUUUCGUGGAGGCGUAUCCGAAGAUACGCAAGCUACACCUAUUCGAGGUCGGAUACCAUGUCGUCGAUGACAAUGACGGCGUCGACGACAACAUCGCCGACGACAACAUUCCCGCCGACGACAGCGACGACUUCCCUGCUGACGACGCCGGUGGCGAUGUUCACAUGGACGACGAUGUCUCCACAGAGGAGGACGUCAACAUGGAGGAGGAAGACGUCGACGUAGACGAGGACGAUGUCUACAUUGGCGGUGGCGACAUCGUCACGGAAGACGACGAUCUGGACGUCGACACGAAUAACAUGUCCAAGUGCUGGACGAGAAUCGCGGAGGUCACUGUCGAGCUCAGCACGCUAGCAUCAUGGCACUUGAAAUGCCCCGUCCAUCAUUUAGAGCUUUGGCAUUCAGACUCGGCGGAAUUCGGAGACCAUGAGAGACCUAUCAAUACGAACCUUUUAGCCACUAGAGCGCUGACGGAGAUGAAGCCAUCCGUGUUGACUGUAGAUGCGCGCGUGCAUCUUCGCGAGGAGGUGUGGGAGCCGCUUGUGAGAUCCAUGACAAGCGUCAGGUAUCUGGAAAUAACACUCACUUGCGGACUAGAGCAAGAGAACGACUUUCAGGGAUGGAUGAAUGCCGUCGUACCGCUCCUAGGAUCACUCGACCUACAAGUGCUAAAAUUCCAACUCUCGGCCUGCCAUAGGAAUAUGCCAGACGACCCGUUGGAUGUCGGUAUGUUCGAGCGCAUGGACAAGGCACGUCAUGAGUUGCCGUCGUUCCUCGCAAGCAAUGCGGCCUUGGGGUCACUGGAGUGCUAUCUCUGUGUGCAAGUCGUCAAAAAGGAUUGGAUCGGUGGCUAUGCGUUAGAGGACGAGGCAGAUUGGUAUCGCAUGCACCGGGACGGAGGACGCCGCAUACUGCACAAGAUCCCGUCUGAAGUCGGCGAGAAGAUACUGAGCGAUGCGUGUCUAAUGCCCGAGAGUGACACCUAG